GACUAUAAGGUUCGCAACACAUGAAACACGAAAGUAAGCCCUUUGGAGAAGAAAAGAGUAUUAGUCCGCAAGGUAGUGUUACUAGAGGCCUGCCCCCAGCCACCUCCUGUGUCGACACUUUAAAUCCUUUGUAUAAUCCUCGUGUUGGCACUUCAUCCGCCGUGAAGGGACGUCUCAAGAACGUUCCAGACCCUUUCCGCGUGCAAACGUGUGGACACCGCAACUUUGCACUGCAAUCUUGAUAUUGACACCUUGGACUCAGGCCCCCUAGAUUUGCACCUGUGAACAGCAAAUCUGGAUUGGCCAAGAAUAUACGACCAUAAGCCACAAGAUCUGCAUGAUUUUCAGCUACUGCUUUGUUUCCAUCUUCCCUGUCAUAACCCCCUGCAGCAAUGAAAGUUCCUUUGACAA